CAAAACCAGUUUGAUUCGGGUCAACAAUGUAGUUCCAUUGGUAUUGUGUGUUUGUUCAAAAGUGGUUUGAUUUGGACUAAUAAUUUUUAAUCUACUUUUUCUUUCUUUGUUUGAAUGAAAGUGAAGAAAUUGGCAGACUACAUUGGUUUGCCAUGUCGGAUAGCUAAAGGCUGCAAAUAUUGUGCAUCAGAUCAUCGAUCUUCUUGCCUUGUCAAAAUUGAAGAUGAGAGGAAGUUCUCAAGGGAAUAUGUUGUUGAUCUAGUUGGGGAACCAGGAAAUGUCCAUGGUCCUGAUUCCUCAAUCAAUGGAAGCUUCUCUUCUCCAGUGCCUUCGCCACUUGAAAUUUCUCAUCUAAAAGAUUUCCAACAACCUUAUAUGGAUGAUUUGUCGUCAUGUCAGAUAAUAGACUCGGAAAAUUCAUGUUCUUUCCCAGAGAAUCAUCCUCAGCAUUCAGGUACUUCUUAUGAAUGUCAAGAUCAAGAAGUUAAUGGUUUAUUUGGAAAUCAAAAGGGCUCAUUGUAUGCUCAAGUUGAUGAAGCUUCUCUUGAAAAAGAGGAAGCUGCUGAUGGGGAAAUGAUGCACGCAAAUUCUGGAAUUGGUGGAGAUGAAGUUAUCAUGCAACAGCCACAGAAAAAAGACAUAAUUGUUUCUGGAAGCCAAGCCAUAAACAGUAUCAAGCAGCGCAAAGUUAAUUUGUCCAGUCAGUCAGAUGUGGAACGUGUUGAAACUGGAGUGGAUAAGAAGGGCAAAUUUCCUUCUGCAGCCAUCCCAAGAUAUCUAAAUCUUGAGCCUUCUCUUGCAAUGGAUUGGCUUGAGAUCUCAUGGGAUGACUUGCAUAUAAAGGAGCGAAUUGGUGCUGGUUCUUUUGGAACAGUGCAUCGUGCUGAAUGGCAUGGAUCAGAUGUUGCAGUCAAGGUCUUAACUGUUCAAGAUUUUCAUGAUGAUCAGUUGAAAGAGUUCCUAAGAGAGGUUGCAAUAAUGAAGCGUGUACGACAUCCAAAUGUGGUACUUUUCAUGGGUGCAGUUACAAAACGACCUAAUCUGUCAAUUGUGACAGAAUAUUUGCCAAGGGGUAGUUUAUACCGUCUCAUUCACAGACCUACUGCUGGGGAAAUACUUGAUCAGAGGAGACGAUUGCGCAUGGCACUGGAUGUGGCAAAGGGAAUCAACUACCUUCAUUGUUUGAGUCCUCCUAUAGUUCACUGGGACCUUAAAUCUCCAAAUCUGUUGGUUGAUAAGAAUUGGACGGUUAAGGUGUGUGAUUUUGGGUUGUCCAGAUUUAAAGCAAACACUUUCAUUUCCUCAAAAUCUGUUGCAGGAACACCUGAGUGGAUGGCUCCAGAAUUCCUUCGCGGAGAGCCUUCAAAUGAGAAAUCAGAUGUUUAUAGUUUUGGAGUGAUCCUGUGGGAGCUUGUGACCAUGGAACAACCUUGGAAUGGACUUGGUCCUGCUCAGGUAGUCGGUGCUGUUGCAUUCCAGAAUAGAAGGCUCACAAUUCCCCCAAAUACCUCCCCUGUAUUGGCUUCUCUCAUGGAAUCUUGCUGGGCUGAUGAUCCUGCCCAGCGUCCAUCUUUUGCCAAUAUAGUUGAGACACUAAAGAAGUUGAUCAAGUCUCCACUGCAGUUGUGAUGCUGAGAGCUGGUGAGCGGUGAAGAGCAUCAUUAACUAACUGAACCUGCCCUUUUUAUUGCAGAAUUACUCACUUCAACCGAUUUGGGUCAUUCAGUUUACUAUUUUUACAUGUAGUCAAGAUUUAGCUUAACUAUGGCAACAGCGCAUCUUAGUAAUCAUGUUGCACUAACCUAGAACCAUUUUGGUUCGAGGCAACUGUAGAUGUGUUUCCUACCUACCCCCGUAGAGUAUCAUCGAACACAUUGCAAUGGUGACUAUAACAACCGUAGAAAAUAUGGAAACCAUUGCUAUGUUUUUAUAUAGAGGCUUUCUACGGGAGAGCUUUCCUAGAAGCUGUAUCAACAAGCAAAUCCGAAAGGUUUAAGAGCUCGGAAUUUGCGUCUGUACUUGUAAUAUCAGCAAGUCUGUAAUGUUGUUGUUAUCAAAUGCCUGUUGUAAUGAUAUUAAAACUCCUGGGAAGGA